ACUUUUCCUUCCAUGGCCACAUCGCCGACCCCGGCGGGUGUGCUCCCGAAGGUCAAGCAGGAGAGUAGCGAGCCCCGCUUACAGACGCCCCCCUUGCCAAAUUCAGCCUCAAUCCCGCCCACCCAUCUUUCAUCGCUGUCUCCAGGGUCGGCGCCAGCAACGGAGGAACAGUAUCCCGACUACGCUUCACUCAAGACGGCAUUUGAGAGAGAAAGGGCGAGCGCAAAGGAAUGGAGGACUACUUUGGAGCGGCGGUUCCUCGAGCUACGGACACGGGAGGGGGCAUUGGCCGAUAGAGAGGCUUCGUUGGAUAUAGCGACGGCGCAGUUCCAGGCGCGUAUGCCUCUCUGUCUUGCUUUGAGGCAGCAAAUCGAUGUGCUACAGCAGAGUCACGAAGGACUUCAAGCGGCGUUAGUACACAGCAACGAGGAGGCGCAGGCGUCGACGACGGCGUUGCAUGAAGUGCUACGAGAGCAACAGGGCCUGCAGAAGGCUUUCCAUGACGUGCAGACAAGUGCAGCAGCCGAAAUCGAACUGCGGGACAAACAGCUGCUCGAAAUGGAGGGCCAGAUGGACAUGGUUGCGACGACGUCUGCGAAGGCUGAGCGUGGCCGGAACAAACAGGUCAAUGGAUUGAAUGAAAAAUUGGCGACGGCGGAAGAAUCUAUCCAAGAUCUCAAAAACACUAUUGAAGCCCAUGUCGCGGAGAUAACGGUGCUGAAGGAGAGGCUGGUCACUGCAGAAUCUCGAUCCAAUCCUGAGAGCCGAAUCAAAGAGCUCAGGGACACGAUAAAAAGUCUUAUUGAGUCGAACACUGAGCUCGAGGGCGUCAUCGAAUCGUUGAAGGCAAGUAAGGAGCACGACUUGGCCGUUCAACAACAAGCGCUUGCGAUGAUAAGCCGAGCGAGAGCACUGGAGUCUGGAGAGGUUUUAGAGAUUCAACGUCACCGACGCAGACGGUCGUCAUCCCCUCCGAGUCAACGGUCGCGUUCACGAUCGCGCAGCUUGUUGUCCCCGAGUUUGAAGCGCAGGAGAUAUCUCUCGCCUCCUCGGCAUGACGCUGGUGGCGGUCCUCUUUUCGCCCCAGACGAUCCGGAGCCGAUAUCGGCGCAACGGACUGCCUGCAACUUUUACAUGGCGCAGUUCAAGAUCCCGUUCAAGUCGCGUCCUGAUCAUUUUCUCAGAGGUGGAUGCGUUGAGCGGUUUCACAACAUUCGCCGCUUGUUGGAUACGGAUGCGUUUAGUUCAAGAAAAACGCUCUGCUUGCCCGAUCGCACCGUUUGGUGUGGACAGGACCAUUUUCAUGCUCUCGUAUAUGCCCCAACGCUCGAGUAUAGCAGCAGCGGACCAUCGCGUUGGCGUCCUCAUACACAUCUGAGCGACCUGGUCAAUACGGAGGUCAAUUUGUUCGUGAGCGAAAAGAGCGCGGUGUAUUUUGCGGGGAUCUAUCGGGUGAAGCGGCUCGACGGCGUGCCAGGGUAUGUUCCCGGAAGCUGGUUGAAGGAGGUCGCGGGCGACAUCUCCUGGAAUGCGAUGUACGAAGCCAUGAACUUGCGGUCAGCGCUCGGGGAUCUAUAUGACGAUCCCGUGAGGCGCAAUUCGCUUAUUCGAGAGGCGUAUCCACUUGCUGACGCGCACGGCUGGCCCAGCCCGAGGGUCGACUGUUUUGGCCUGCAGUUCCUCCAGUUUGACAUGGAGGUGCAAAAGACGUUGCGGUCCAAGUUUGUGCAAAGGGGCAACGGAGCACGUGCGUCCGGGAAUGAAAGAUUCAUCUGA